AUGACGGUGUCAGGACAUGCGUCUCCUGAGGCGGUAGUCGCCGUGACCGUGGUCUUUACGGUGAUGGCGGUGGUCGUCGUUGCGGCGAGAUUGUAUGCUCGACUUGGAGUUGGAAGAAACGCUGGGUUGGACGAUCUGUUCAUUGGAAUUUCAUUGCUUUUUGCCGUUGCCACCACAAUCACGAUGUGCAUACAGGCACGAUAUGGGAUGGGAAGACAUAUCAAGUCACUCAGCCAGGACGAGGUCAAGAAGCAGCUCAUGGCAUUCUACGUCUCGAUAUGGGUCUACAACCUCUCGCUCUCCUGCACAAAAAUCUCCAUCCUUCUCCAGUACCUCCGAAUCUUCCCUCAACCACGGUUUCGCAGAUGCUGUUACGCCAUGCUGGUUGUGGUCGUUGUUUACAGCUUCUACACCUUCUUCACCGCCGUCUUCGCCUGCACGCCGAUUGAGUACUUCUGGGACCAGUCUGUUGGAGGGCAUUGCUUGGACAGGUUUGCGGUUUGGUUCGCCAACGCUGGCAUCAACAUCGGAACCGACAUACUCACAGCCAUCCUACCAUUACCAGUGCUGAAGCAACUCGAGCUCCCCAAACGCCAGCGUUACGCUCUCAUGACCGUCUUUACCUUGGGAGGCUUCACCUGCAUCGUCUCCAUCCUCCGCCUGCAAUCCCUCUACGUAAUCUCCCGUACCAAGGACACAAGCUGGGAGAACCCCCUCGCAGCAAUCUGGUCCAACGUCGAGAUCAACAUCGCAAUCCUCUGCUCCUGCCUCCCCACGCUCCGCUGCAUCUUCCCCAAAAUCUUCAAAUCCCAACUCUCCCGCGACAGAUCCGGCACCAACCAUGAACCCCACGAAGACAGUGGCGGAGGACGCUGCACGCCCAAGUUCCUCACCAGCCUCGGCGUCACAAAACUCCUGAGCAAAGUCCACUCCUCAAGUUCCGGCGACACGUCCUCUCGCUCGUACAACGCCAAUCCCUACCGCUCCCACCGUCCCGCUGCGCAGAGCGAGACUAGUCUAGAGGCUUUCGGGAGGAGUCUACACCACAGCGUGGGCGUGGGAAAGCAAAAGAGCGCAUGCGUCAGGACGCAGAGCAGUUUCGACGAUAUCGAUCUAAGGGGGUUGGACAGGAGUGGUUCGUCGAGGAAGAAGGAACCGCCGAAUGGCAGGAUCCAUGUGUUGACGGCGAUUGAUCAGCAGGUGGAGGUGGAGAGGAAGGGGGAUAGCGAUUGUGAGAGUACGAGGGAUUUGGUGAGGGAUAAGGGGUACGUGUGA